AGGGCAGUAGGCGGGACUUCCGGCCCGCUGUUCCGUCAGCUGCCUUUCCCGGGCGUCUCCCCGCAACCCGCUCAACUUCGCCUGUCGGUGACGCGGCGCCCGGCAGAAAUCCGAACAGACGGGGGCCUGGGAAGCGUGAGCUGCAGGAAAAAUUCUUUUUCACUUUCCAUGACCAGUUAAAAGAAGAUGGAUGCACAGAAUUCAGCCAAAGUCAACCCAAGGAAGAGGAGGAAAGAAGCACCUGGACCCAAUGGGGCAACAGAAGAAGAUGGAAUUCCUUCAAAAAUGCCACACUGUGCAAUUGGCUUACGGCAGCCAGCUCCUUUUUCUGAUGAAAUUGACGUAGACUUUAGUAAACCCUAUGUCAGGGUAACUAUGGAAGAAGCCUGCAGAGGAACUCCUUGUGAGCGGCCUGUGAGAGUAUAUGCAGAUGGCAUAUUUGACUUAUUUCACUCUGGUCAUGCCCGGGCUUUGAUGCAAGCAAAGAAUCUUUUCCCUAAUACAUACCUCAUUGUGGGAGUUUGCAGUGACGAGCUAACGCACAACCUUAAAGGCUUCACAGUGAUGAAUGAAAAUGAGCGCUAUGAUGCAGUGCAACACUGCCGCUAUGUGGAUGAGGUGGUGAGGAAUGCUCCCUGGACCCUGACACCAGAGUUCCUGGCAGAGCACCGGAUUGAUUUUGUAGCUCAUGAUGACAUCCCUUAUUCUUCUGCGGGGAGUGAUGAUGUUUAUAAGCACAUCAAGGAAGCAGGCAUGUUUGCUCCAACACAGAGGACAGAAGGUAUCUCCACAUCAGACAUCAUCACCCGAAUUGUCCGGGACUAUGAUGUGUAUGCCAGACGGAACCUACAGAGGGGCUACACAGCAAAGGAGCUGAACGUCAGCUUUAUCAAUGAGAAGAAAUACCACUUGCAGGAACGGGUUGAUAAAGUAAAGAAGAAAGUGAAAGAUGUGGAAGAAAAGUCAAAAGAAUUUGUUCAGAAGGUAGAAGAAAAAAGCAUUGACCUCAUUCAGAAAUGGGAGGAGAAAUCCCGAGAAUUCAUUGGAAGUUUCCUGGAAAUGUUUGGACCUGAAGGAGCUCUGAAACAUAUGCUGAAAGAGGGCAAAGGCCGGAUGCUACAGGCCAUCAGUCCAAAGCAGAGUCCCAGCAGCAGCCCUACUCGUGAACGCUCCCCAUCCCCCUCCUUCCGAUGGCCCUUCUCUGGCAAGACUUCCCCACCUGCCUCCCCUGCAAACCUCUCCAGGCACAAGGCUGCAGCCUAUGAUAUCAGUGAGGAUGAAGAAGACUAAUCUUUCAUUCCUCUUGCCCUCUCUUCUCCUCUCCCUCUGUCCCAUCACCUUCAGAAGCUCUGUUGAAUUCCAAAUUGUGAUCCCAACACUAAAUCUAAGAACAGCUGCAAAGGAAAGACAACUGGGGCAAGAGGACCUGGGAUGAAGCGACCAGACAGUCUAUCCUCCAAGAGAUGUCACCCACCCACACCAAGAAGGAGGCUGACUAUACCUUAGAAGCCUGUUCUUCAUCCAUAUACCUUCCCCACAGACUUUGCUUUACUGUUUAUGUUCAUGUGAUCUUGACAGGGAAAUUAUCAUUUUUAUUAAUUUUUUUUUUUAAAAAUUAGUCUUUCAAAUGUAGUAAGUAGAACUAAUUUUUUGCCCCUGAGGAGCGGGCAGAAGGAAGUGAUAUAAUACCCAAAGGCCUUUUCUUCCUGAUACACUAUAGUGUUUGCCUUCUGUUCUGAGGCAGACUGGCUUGCCAAGUCCUUCAAGCAAUGAGCCAUGCUCAUGGGUGAUUUGGGGGGAAAUAUAAUUUUGGUUUCCUUUAAAAAAAAAAAGCUGAGUUACAGUCAUAAAUCCCCUAAAUGUACUGCUGGCCAUGUGUCACUGUGGCUGUGAGAAGGAGAUCUGAGCCUAACUUUUCUUACUCCCUGAGGAGUUUCUUGUUGGACCCAAUGGGGUUCUAAAGACACUGAUGGGGAUGGAACCAGAUCACAUGGCAUCAACUGCAGGUUUUCUGCUGUGUUCAUCUUCUCAGAAAACUGUUGCCCAUUUAUUUGGGAGCUCUUUUCAAUGUCUUUCCUGCAAUCUACCUUUAAAGGAAGGAACAUUUUCAGGAUUACUGUGUUGAGGAGGGGAGUGGAACAGUAAUCAUAUACAAAGGCAGUUUAGAUUCAUUUCCCUGCCGGGAGUAAGUCUCUGGGUCUGCUGUUCUAUUUGAAUGCCUGUUGCCUAGCUUCUUACAAGGGCACUUGUAAAUGUUUGCAGUUGGAAACAUGAUCUGCUGAUCCAUGUUUCUUAUAGCCAUAUUGAAUAUUUAGAGAGAUUUGCACAGAAUAUAGACUCAAAACCAUAAGGAAAUACCCCCAUUCAAAAGCCUUAUUUUGACCUCUGCCCUAUUAAGAAUGUUCUUGCUCCAUGGGUGCUUUUCCUCAGAGUUUCAGUUGGCAGGGACCUCCCUCUGCUGCUCCUCCAGCAACCACAAAGUGUAAGUUCACAUAUAAGAGUUGUAGGUUCUCUCCGCAUGUGCCUGGUGGUUCUGGCCCCACCUCCCCUGUUAGGUUGCCCAGGGGGGAUUUACCACUUAGAUUUCACAUCAGAGAAUACAGACUCUUAACACUUGCUGUUGAGCAUGAGCUGACUGUAAACCUCCAACAUCCUACAGCUACACCUAGCAGAUCAUCAUCCAUCAGUUAGCCAGUAGUUGGUCAGGGGAAAAUGACUUAUGUCCAAGCCCCACCCUGUCAUUCAUAAAUACCCCUUGUGGGGGUGCAGUUUUAGUGUUUUCAGCUUAGAAAACCACAUCUUAUCUUUUCCUGCCCCUUGGCUAGACCUGUGAACAUCUCAUAGCCUCCUCUCUAAACACUGUCUGGUAGAGCCGCUUCUGCCUGAGGGUUAUAAGCUAGAAUCACACUGCCUGCUGCCACAGCAGGUCUACCCAGGCUCUUAAAACUGAGAUCACCCAGAAAGACAGAGCAUGACAGAGAGGGCGAAACCUCUUUUCCUGAUGGCUUGUGAACUACAUUUCUAACUUUUCAUGAAGUGCUAUUUUCAUUAUCAAGUCUGGUUUACUUGGUUUGGCUAGAAAUACAUUUUUUGGAAACAGUUGAAUGUAUUAUUUUUCCGCAUUGCCCAGCUUCAUAUGAUUACAUAUAUUAACUUUUCUGCCUCAGUUUCCCUUCUGGGAAUUCUGCCUGUUUCUCUCUUAUUACCCUGGUAUAGAGAGGCAGUGAAGUCACCAGUGAAGCCCGCCUUUUGUUCCCUCAAAGUACACAUGCUAUCCAAGUGUAUCUGGAAAGAGAGAUGUCUAGGAUGUGGUUUUCCUCCCUGCAGUCAGUCCUCUGGUUCCCCUGUGUUUCAGUCCUCCUCUGCUCUGCCAGUGGGCUUCUUUGGGCAUGCUUUGCCCUUGAGAAUAUGACCUCUCAGCUUAUGAGCUCUGUGAGACUUCUAGGGCUAACACAUGCACAUGUUCUUGGAAAAAACCCUUGACCUUUUUUGGUAAGCCUGUGCUGCUUCAAUAUCCAAACACUAGUAUAUUUUCGUAUAAUUUUUACUGAAAGCAAGAAUUUUUAUGGUGUGACACUAGAUACUUUGGAAUAAAAGUGAUCCUAGGUGCUGGAUAAGAAUACGUAGAUGGGGGAAGCUGUUGGGGUAAGUUAUUUCAUCAUUUAUUCCUAAUUAAAUGAAGUUAGAGGUUCAUAUAACAUGAUCAUGUGAUCUGUUAAUCUCCGAAUAUUAAUGUUUGAGUCUGUGGAGCUGAAUCCCACACACAAAGCAUCAGCCUGAAUAGGCCACAUGUGGGAAAACCUUAAAAGCUGACUGACCUAAGAGCCUCUGUCUGCAGGGUACAAUGAGAAAGGAGACAGAAGCCCUAUAGCUAAUGCUGAGGAGGUGCCAUUUUAGAAAUUAUCUUGAGAAGGACUGAACAGAAAAUUGGCUCUUUUCAUGUGCUAGACUCAGUUGCAUUGGAUAGAGGUGAAAACUGGGUAGAGGGAUAGACAUGGAUCAUAUGUACUGCAGCAGCCACUGCCAAAGGCCAUUAUUUGCUGAGGCUUAGGGAUGUGAGGAGGUUGAAAAUCCUGGAGAGAAGAAAAAAUAUGAGGGAGGUGUAGAGAACUUUUGAUCUUUUGUGAUUGUUGAUAACUUCUUAGGCAGCACCUGAAUUACGCUUUUAUUGUUUUACUUGUGAACAUACAAUUAGCUGGUCAGGCAGUUUCUGGGUAUUCGUGCCACAGUGGUUUUUCAAAGUGCUUUAGUUACUCCUCCUAGAUCAUUUUGAUUUUGUUGGUAACUUCUGUUUUUCCAGAGUUCAUUGCCUUUUUAAUCCUAUAUCUAAAAUCUCUGCAAAUCAAUUAUAUUCUGUUACUUUGAUUACCUUAAAGCCAUAGUGUCUAAAUUUUCUGUCAGCAAACACUCCCACCGGAAGUUGAACAAAUACAGAUAGGAAAAAUCUUCCUUAACAAUAUUUUUAACUAAUGGUAUUUUUUUUAACUUACCAGUGUAAGUAUUUUUAAAGGUUAUAUUUUUCAAAAUCAUACAAUGAUUGCUCUUGUUUUCUUUUAUAGACUAGAUUGUCAGGGGAUAAAGAGUAGUCCCUAGCUUCUAUUUUUCCAAAUAAUUAGAACAUGUUCUUGGGAUCAUAAUAUUAAAUGUUAAUUUUCUUAAAAAAGUAAGAUUUUUCUCUCUGCCAAAGUUUUUUGUUAGUACUCAGAUUGGGUUAGAAAACUAAAGUGCCAGGUUUAGUGAUAGGAUAACUCAGGUUGUUUUCCUUUAGAUUUAAAAUGAGCUUCCACCCCCCCCUCCCCACCUUCUUUCGGAGCACUGACUGUUUGGGACACAGAGACUUAGUUUGGGUUGUUUUGUAUUGAGGAUCCUGGGGGAGUGGGGGGAGAUAUUGGAAAGAAAUUCUGGCUUUAGCAUGAAUAUUAGCCAUAUCACCAGUGCCGGUGUCCAGGGGGCAUUUUUCCUCAAUUGGUGUUCAGUAUAUCAUUUUCCCGUCUGAGUUAUUAAUUCGUUCAGUUUUAUUUUGGCUUUUGUCCUUUAGCCAAAUAAAAAGAAAGUGGUUUUACCUAAUGUUUCAUUUCCUGUGUUUUUGAUGUGUGGUAUACAUGUGUGUAUGUUUUAUACAUUUGGGUUCUUUACCUGUGUCUCAGUUCCUUUGCUUUUGUAUCCUCAUUUUGUCUCCUCGAAAUCAAGCUCCAUGAGCGUAUUAUCAAGGAAUUUCUUUUGCAGUUUGACACAGGAGACUCAAAACCUGUAGUCCCACAAAAGGAGGCUGGUCCAGAUUUCCCAGGUCUAACGUCAUCAGGACCCUAGUGACUUCUGAUAUAGCUUCUGAGAAGCUUGGUUUCUUUAAGACUUUGAGCUGGUACUAAUAUGCCUGGCUGAGUUCUACUCCUGUUCUUAUGCCAGACAACCAGCCAUAUACUCUUCCCCCUUACACUGGCUUUGGGAAAGCUCAGUGACCUUUCAGUGUAUGAGCUUUACAGGGCUAACAGUGGCACCCACAGAGACAAUGUGUCCAGUUAUUUUUCAAACUCCUUCCUGUUUAUUAAAAAAUCUAAAAUACCUCCCCUGGGCAAGGUCCCAGACAAUUCCAUACUUUUGCAUAAAUUCACCUUUGUAGAUGCCAAACGUAAUAUCGCAGCUUCUGCUGGCAAUGGAAUCCUUCCCUAUUUUGUCUAGGUUGAGGGACAGUGAAAUCUUGUAUUUGACUAAUAAGUACAUGUCUCUUUGAUUGUUCAAGUCAUCCACCUCAGGCUUUGCAGUUCAAAUCCAAGUCUGGAGAAGAGAAAGGUUCAUAUCCAACCUUGUUGUCUUUCC